AGAUAAAUAGAUAGUUUUUUAGGAAUCCCAAAAGUAAUGCAAACUGUAUAAAGUAUAUUGAUGCAAGUUAUGAGGAAAAUUUUUAAACAUGAAAAAAUUUUGUUUUUGCAAAUGGUGCAGUAAAUUUUCAAAAGGAAUGUUGUUAAGUCUUCAACAACUUCUACACAAAAACAGGGGAGACAAACAGUUUUGUAAGCACUUAAAUGACUAACGGUUUAUUGAUAUUGAAUGGGGUAACCACGAAACAACAUAUAUAUACGUGCUUAAAGGAGGCAUCUAAAUUUGUGCAAAAUAAUAUGUAUGUUGAAUUUUUAAGUUGUGGUCUUCCAAUUAAGUCAAAACAAAAGUUGGAUAUUUUAAAUUGUGUAUAUAAUCGACCUAUUGACAUAUGUAAAGGAGUCAAUGUGCACGUUUUAUUGUCUCAAGCAGGUACAUUGUUUUCUAAAAAUCUUCAAGUAUGUGUGGCAAGUGAAAAUCUAAAGUUUUUGCACAAAGAUUUUGAAACUAAUGUACAGAAAAAGUAUUUAUUUGAAGACUCUGUUGUUCGCUUUAUAAAUCAUCCUAUUGAUGAAUUUGAUGUAGAUGGUACUGAUCUUUCAUUUUAUGAUAACGUUGUCAUUGGAGGGACGUUUGAUCGCAUACAUGAUGGUCAUAAAUUGCUAAUUUCCACUGCAUUAUUUUAUGCGCAAAAGAAACUUGUAGUUGGAGUAUCUGAUGGAGUUUUAUUGCAGAAAAAGGUAUUAAAAGAACUGAUUGAACCAGUUGAAACACGGAUAAAAAAUGUUAUUGAACUAAUUGAAACUUACAAACCAGAGAUACAACACAAAGUUGUUCCUUUGUACGAUUCAUGUGGACCAUCAGGUACCGACUCAGAUUUACAAGCAUUAGUUGUUAGUGCAGAAACUUUAAACGGUGCUGCAAUUGUUAAUAGUCAAAGAGCAACCAACGGUUUAAAUAAACUCGAUGUAAUCAGUAUUGAUAUUGUUUCAGAAAAUGUUUUUGAUCUGGCUAAAAUUGUGAAUGAUGAACAAAAACUUAGUUCUUCAUCGGAACGUAUGCGUUUGCUAGGAACUUUAAGACGUCAACCGAACUGUGUCAGUCAUGAAACCCAAAGCAAAAACCCAUAUGUCAUUGGCGUAACCGGUGGCAUGGCAUCAGGAAAAUCGGCCGUUGUAAAACGUCUUGAAGGAUUGGGUGCUUUUACUAUUAACUGCGAUAAGUUGGGGCAUGCAGCCUAUUUACCUGGAGAAAAUGCUUAUACACUUAUUGUAGAGCAUUUUGGACAUGAAAUUUUAAACGACGAUCAGACAAUCAAUCGCAAAAAAUUAGCUGAAAUAGUUUUUUCUGACGCUGAAGAAUUAAAUGUUUUGAAUAAUAUUGUGUGGCCAGAAAUACGAAAAAUGCUGAAAAAUAUCAUCUCGGAGCAGCGUGGAAAACAUGAAGUUGUCGUGUUUGAAGGAGCGAUACUCUUUGAAGCAGGAUGGGACAAAGAUGCCAAUGAAGUAUGGUGUUGCUUUCUGCCAAACGAAGAAGCUAUUCGUCGGAUACAAGUUCGAAACGGUUUAAGUGUGGAUCAAGCGAAAAGUAGAGUUCAAUCGCAAAUUCCAAACGAAGAGCGUAUUGAAAAGUCACAUGUUCUUUUAAGCACUCUUUGGGAAGAAGAAUUUACUCAGCGUCAAUGUGAAAAGGCCUGGAGUUUAUUGAAACAAAGAAUUCCUAAAAAUUGUAAUACUCAAGGCCUGUAAACUUCUUUUAAAAGCUCCUAACAUUACUACUUUUGUGAAAGUUUAUUUCGAUGUUUAUGUUAAAAAUA